UGGCUGCAUGCAUGCAACACUCACCGGAGGAACUUGUGCCCGGUAAUUAUAUUGACGUUUUGGAACAAAUGUGUGAGGAUGCUGCGAGAGGAUGGACGGGAAGGACAGAAGGCCCAGUCAAGAUGGAGCAAAAUCGCAUGGAGUAUGAAGUAUCUUCCUGCAUCACUUGGCUGCUGGUUCAGUACCCUGAGAGAUGUUAAGAGAAGGCUGAAGGGCCGAGGUCCCGAACUGCCACCUGAACCACGAACCAUUCCAGCAAAAAAGGGCCAACAUCCGAGGAGAACUGCGUGGUUUGGUCUUAAAUCCUCCAACUUAACUCCUCGCUAUUCUUUCCCCCUUCAAGAAUGCGAGUGGAAUUCUAUUUCUGCACCAUGGGCCAUGGGUAAGCUGGAUCCUACCCCAGCUGACCACAAAAUGCCGUCAACAGAUCAUUCUUGCAUUUUCUUCAAGCCCUGCAGGAUUCUCUUUGUCUCCGUUCAUGUGUUUGACUUCCUCCAUCAAGUCUAUCAGAGGCUAAUGGCUCUCUUAUUUGUUGGUUUUGUCCUGCACUGCUCCAGUGGUUCUUUUCCCUGUAGAAGGAUGUCAGCUCUGUGUGCAUGGCCAUCCCUGAGGAGGCUUGAUGCCAUCUUGUCUAUGUCUGAUCAUUACACUACCUGCUCUCCUCCACAAUACUGCCCUCUUGCUGCUCGGCCACUUGAAAUGCUUCGCUGGCCUCUUCAGUCCAACCAUCAUGAAAUUGUGUGCAAAACCCAUGCAGACUCUCUCUCUCUCUCUCUCUGUCUCUCUCUCUCUUAACUCUGGUAAGUUGUUACUUUUGCUCUGGUUUUGCCUUUUGGUCUUUUUGCUCCUUCUUACCUGCACAUUGCUAACAGUCUCUGCAUUGUGGGGUUACGCAAACUGCUACCAUGCAAGUUCCUGUCUUUUUAAAUUGUACU